AUGAUGGAGGAGAUAGACCAGUUCCAGGUGCCAGCCAUUCGGGCCGAGAUGCAGCCGCUGGAACCUCCGGCUGCCAGCUUGGAGCCACGUGAGUGUGACACGCGGGAUGGUCAGCCCAGGCUUGUGAACUAUAUGCGCAGUGUGUUAAAUAUAGUUUUAGAGAAGCAGAGGGAGCUGGCUCAGAAGGGUUUCAUGAAGAACAGCAACAUGGGAAGCCCAGUUAAUCAGCAGCCCAAGAAGAACAAUGUGAUGGCACAAACAAGUCUCGUCAUUCCCAAUAAAGGCUUUUCGUCAUUAGAUCAGAGUCCAGAUGAAAAGCCACUGGUAGCCCUGGAUACAGACAGUGAUGAUGACUUUGACAUGUCCAGAUAUUCCUCCUCAGUAUACUCAUUAGCUGAGCAGAUCAACCAAGAUUUGAAUAUCCAGCUCCUAAAGGAUGGGUACCGGUUAGAUGAGAUCCCAGAUGAUGAGGACCUCGACCUAAUUCCCCCUAAAUCUGUCAACCCUACCUGCAUGUGUUGCCAAGCCACCUCUUCCACUGCCUGUCACAUCCAGUAG